AUGUCGAGCGUCAGCUCCAUAUUUGAUCCACUUGGUCUGGUAGCACCAGUCUUGCUUGUUGGAAAACGCAUUCUCCAAACCUUGUGUCGUGAUGGGUAUGCAUGGGACGACCCAAUCUCAGAGGAAAUCAGAUCAGAGUGGGAGAAAUGGAGGAACGACUUCCUGCAUUUGGCAUCACUGAAUAUCCCACGAUGCUACAAGCCUGAGAAGUUCGAUGUCAUCAAGUCCGCAGAACUGCAUCACUUCUCUGAUGCCAGUACCGAAGGCUAUGGUCAGUGUAGCUACUUGCGACUGAUAGACGACAAAGGAAGUGUAUGUACAACUCUGGUCAUGGGAAAGUCCAGAGUAACUCCUUCGAAGCCAGUUACCAUCCCUCGACUGGAACUUACAGCAGCCGUCAUCUCGGUGAAAGUCAGUACUUUUCUCAUGAAGGAACUAGAGUAUAGCGAUGUGACUCAGUUCUACUACACUGAUAGCAGAGUCGUACUCGGGUAUAUUGCCAAUGACAGCAAGAGGUUCCACAUAUUCGUCGCCAACCGCGUGCAGAAGAUCAGAGAUCACACCACACCUGAAGAUUGGCGACAUGUUGAUACUAAAACUAACCCAGCAGAUGCAGCUUCCCGAGGUCUUUCUGCCGAGUCGCUCAUCAAGAGCAAACUCUGGUGGAGUGGUCCAGGUUUCCUGCAAGAAAGAGAAACCCCUCCACCCGACACUGAGCACGUGGAGCCAAGUUCAAACGACCCAGAGGUGAAGAAGGCAUCUGCAUUCAAUGUCCACACUGAGGCCUCCAACUACCCGAGCAUGCUUGAAAGAUUCCAGUCCUACUCCAACUGGUUUCGCCUGAAACGUGCAGUAGCAUUGUGCCAACGCUACAUGAAGAAGCUUAGAAACAUACAGACAUAUUCAUGA